GAAAAAACAGCAAAGAGGUGUACUUCCUGUGUUUGGUGAGAGAAGAAUGGGGCAAGAUCAGUCUUCAGCCAGCGACCAGUUUUGUUCCAGGGGGUUUCACACUGCAGCCUGGCAAGUGAAUGAGGAGGGAAUAAGAGUGGACAAGACCGUGCAGACUUUUUUUUUUGGCUUGAUUUAUGAGAAAGCUGUUCAGUGAGAUCUUUUUUUUUUUUUUUUUUUAGAGGACAACAAGGCACGGGGGGGUGAGAGAGGAGGACAAGUAGGAGGGGAGAAGAUAAGUGUCAAUCUGUUGAGACUUGCUUGGGAAUUUGCAGAAGGAGGUUGGAGAGAGCAGCGAAAGCGAAGAGAUCUCAGGCGUGAACAUUUAUCUUUUUCCACUGGCGAUGGUUUCAUUUUUGAAACAUUGGGAAUGUAGCAAUAUGUCACCUUUGGACAAAGCAGGGAAUGCAUACUUGUGUGUUGUGCAAUCUCAUGCUUGAGAGCUGAGCUGGACAAGAAGUAGGGAGCGAGAGAGAGAGAUCAGCUCUCCCCCCACAACUUCACAUUCAGGGUUCUCCAAAGUAUGCAACCAUGGGGACCAAAAGGCCAAGCUGCACCCUCUUUGACACUUUUUCAAACCGGACCACAUCUGAUGGAAAGCUUCAGCCCGGUGGAAGACACUCCAGGGACCCCAGUCCCAGACCGGCCAUGACCGCCCAGUCUGAGCGGGAGAGCAACCGAGAAGAAGCGAGACGGCGGGAUCGGGAAGUGGUGAAAAUGAGAGACAAGACCAGGUACAAAGAUACCGACCCCCGGGAAAGGUACUAUGAGAGAGACCGGGGCCCCCGGCGCGGGCCGAGGGAGGCUGAGCGGGAGUGGAGGGAAAAGAGGCAAGAUGGUGACAAGAGGAACGGAAGGCCUCUUUCAAAUGUUGAAUGGGAGUUUGAGAAGAUGCGGGGGACGAAGAAGGGAGACACAUUUCCUAGGAUGCGACGAAGAAGCGGUGAAAGGGAUGAGGGCCGCGAGCACACCCGGCCGAGAAGGAUGGAGACUGACGCCUGGAGGCGGGAAAGAGUGCGAGAAAGGGACACGAAAGAAGAGAAAUCCAGGCAAAGAUAUCCGGUGGGAGACGGACGAGCCAGGGGGUCCUCCCCACGCGGUCGCAGGGACAGGGAGUCGCAUCCGGAUAGGAGGACCCACCAGAGAGGUGUGGGGACGAGGAGUGAGGGGGACAGUGACGAGCGGGAGAAGAGGCGAGAAAGAGCGAGGGAGAGGAGAGAGCGGGAGGAGUUGACAUAUCAGCACAGCAGGAGCGAGGGGGACUACAUUGAACACAGACAAGCAGACAGAUCCAGAAGGCGGGAGCAGAGGGAGCCAUACGGGGACCGGAGAGGCUGGUCGAGCGACAGGAGAGAGAACGAACCCAGGAAGGAAAGGCCAAGACAGGAAAGAGAGGCUGACCCUAGGUGGAAGGAGGCGGCCUCGCAGAGAGCUCAGAGCAGCGGAGAGUGGAGCAGCGACAUGGACAAUGAUAGCCACAGACGCAGGGCGGGAAGAGACGACUACGGAGGGGAACGUGUGAGCGAGAGGGGCGACAGGAAGAGUCCUCAGAGCGCAAAGAGAAGCGAGAGAGAGCAGAGACGGAUGUGGUUAGAACCACGAAGGGGCAAGAAUAGCAAAGACUCCUCACUGGAGGACGACUUAGACAGUGAGCGCAGGGAGGUGGAAGACGAGAGUGGGCGCCUCGAAAGUUGGAGACGUGAGUACAGGAGGAGCAAAGACGGAGAGACUGUACACGGAGGGGAGGAGGUCCAGAAGUGUGAAAAGGAGUGGAGGGAGACUGAGGACAAAAGCGAGGAGAGCGAAGGAGGAAGUGAGGCAGGGUGCAGGCAAGACAGAGACCGAGUGUUCUUGGCGGAGGACGGCUUUGUCACCGUGUCAAGCGGCGACGAGGACGAGCGAGAGGAGUUUGUGGACUGUCAGGACUUUUUGGAGGGCGGGGAUGAGGGCGACGACGCCUCCCGGACGAGGGAGGACAGUGCUAACGAGGAGGAGCAAGGAGGGAGGGAGAAGAGGCCCAAGUACGUCUUCUGCGUCAUCGGGCAAAGCAAGCCUGAGGGGACGUCACUGUCACAAGAUGAGGAAGGAGACCUUUCUCAGAGCGGAGAUGAUGAAUCCCUGCGCCUGAGGGGGAGCGAUGAAGAUCUAGUGGACAGGGACGACAACAGGUGCAAGGAGACGCCUGACGCUGGACAUCAGGAUCCCAGAAUGAGAGCGAGGAAACCGGAGCAUCCGUACGCCGAGAUCGGGCCCUUGAAAAGAGACUCUCAGACUGAAAAGCUCCUCAAGGAGUGGAGGGAGAGGAAUAAAGAAAUGGCCAAAACGGAUCCUCUUCCAAGUAAUCCUUACGCCGAUGUCUACUCUCAGGUGACUUUUGAGCAAAUCCUCCCCGCCUUAGAGGGGUUUAACAUCGAAGCCAUGAGCCCGGAGCAGAAGGAGGCCAUUCGGAUCCGAAUGAGCGGCGCCUGGAGCAUGUCUGAGGAGCCUAAGCGCCAUUCCCAAGCCCCUCAUCUCAAGUGGGCUAAAAGUGUGGUGAGGGAGAUCCUCGGCCACUCGGGGGAGGAGACGUUGGACGACUCGGCGAGACGAGACCUCCCGCAGCCCGAAGAGACGCAGGCGGACAAGGUCACGCGGGGGACCGCCGAGAUGCACCUGGAUAGCUCGCAGUCAGAGGACGAAGAGGGUCCGAGAGGUACGGGGCACAGCCGACAAGACAUGCAUGCUGACCCUCUCUCAGCCAUGCAUGCUGACACACCUGCACACACUCAUCAUCACACACUGAUAGACACACAGAGGACGCAGGAUCACAGCACGGCGGCGGAUAAAGACGCCGAACCCCCGCCUGGUCUCAUAGUCGUAGACGUGAAAAUGCCCGAGGAGGCAGACGAUGAGAUUAGAGAGAAAGAGAGAGAAGCGAGCAGACAGAAGGAAGUGGAGAUGUAUUUGUCUGUGAGCAACACGCUCUAUAAGCCCAACAGCUGCCCCAUACUCAACUACGAGACUCAGCCGGACCUCCUCGUCCCCUCCACGGAGGGCCGUGACGAGGAGGAGAAGGAGGCAGAAAGAGAAGAAGGUCAGGACGGAGGGGGGGAGGGCGGUUUAGCGUCGGAAUCCGACGAGGAUAGCACAGACGCAGCGGCCAGGAAACCGGGAGGCGGGACUCUCGCGAGCUCCUGCAGCUUCCGGGACCUGGGCGCCGAGGCUCGUUUGAGGAGAAGGGGGAUCCGUAAAACCGCCGAGAGGAAGAACAAGGAGCUUGUAGAGGUGGAAGAGGAGGAAGGUGUUGCGAGGGAUCGCAGAACUCGAGUAUUCUCUACAGCAGACGAUGAGGACGAUCGCGCUAAAAGCUGGGGAGAGGUGGAGCUAAGGAAUGUUCUGGACACAAUUGGAAGGAGAAAAAGGAACUCAAAGUUUUUCAAUGCGGCCCAACUCUACCAGCAGUACAGCGAGGCGGCCCAGAACUUUGAGAUCCUGAGCCAGUCCCGCUCUUCCGACGUCAUCUUGGUCAGCGGGGAAAAUUCGUCCUCCCCUGCGCCGUCGCCGCCUCCCGCCCGCAGGCCUCUCCCGCCGCUGCCCGCCGUCCCGCACCCGCACUCCUUGGCCCACUCCGACUCCAUCACCAGCAUCAGAAGCUUGCCUCUGCCCGAACGGCCCAAAUGUGAAGGCCGGCCUUCCUCCCCGCGGCUCUCCAUCUCACUCACGCAGUCGUCCACGCUGUGGCGAGAGCUGCCCGGCGUCCGCAACAGCAGAGAGCUGGAGGACCUCACGGAGGACGAGAGGCGUCUGCAGGAGGUGCGGUUUGAAGUCGUGACCUCUGAGGCGUCCUACUGCCGCAGUCUGGACAUCGUCGUCGAGCAUUUUGUUAAGUCUAAACAGCUGAGGGCACUGUUGGCCACCCAAGAUCAGAACUGGCUGUUUUCCCGUCUGGCGGACGUCCGUGCAAUCAGCCACAGCUUCUUAUCAAAGCUGGAGGAGCGUCUGGAGUCGGACAUCAUAUCAUUUACCGUGUGUGACAUCAUCGCUCGCCACUGUCAGCGUUUCAAGAUGGUUUAUGUACCCUACCUCACCAACCAGUCCUACCAGGACGCCACCUACCAGAGACUCAUGAAUGAGAAUCCCGGCUUCAAACGCAUCGUGGAGAAGUUAGAGAGGAGUCCUGUUUGUCAAAGACUUCCCCUUCGUUCCUUCCUCGUCCUCCCAUUCCAAAGAAUUACAAGAAUUAAGCUGCUGGUCCAGAACAUUGUGAAGAGAACAACCCCUGGUACUGCAGAUGCGACACAAGCCAUUAAAGCUUUGAAGCUUCUAGAAAAGCUGAUCCAAGAGAGCAACGACAGCAUCACUCAGAUGAAAAGUAUCGAGUCGCUGGUGUCGCUCAGUGCCAAGGUGGACUUUGAGUGCAGGACUCUUCCUCUCAUCAGUCAGUCUCGGAGGUUAGUGCGAGAGGGACCCGUCACCGAACUGAUGGACUUCUCCCUCAAGGAAACCGAGAGGAAUAUUUACAUGCACCUAUUUAACGACUACCUGCUGCUCUCGCAACAAAAAGAAGGGGGCAAGUUCACGGUGAUAGACCACGCCCCCGUGGCGGAGCUGCGUGCAGAGAAUUGCCGCGUCAAACUUCAUUCCCUGCAGAAGAACCUGUUCCGGCUGCACAUGUUGAACAAGUCGCUGCUGCUGAGGACCGACACACAGAGUGAUAAGCUACGUUGGAUAUCCGCCCUUUCCCGACCUCAUCCUGAGAUAGAUUUUUCUUCCGCACAAGAUUUCCCACAGAUGCAAUGUAUCCGAGCUUUCGUCGCCCAGCAGCCUGACGAGUUGUCUUUAGAAAAAGCUGACAUCAUCCUGGUGCACCAACAAAGCAGCGACCAUUGGGUAGAGGGCACCAGGCUGUCCGACCGACAUCGCGGAUGGGUGCCGGAGUUGCAUUUGGAGUUAAUUAACAACUUCAGGGUCCGACAGCGCAAUCUAUCUGAUGCCCUCAAACUCACCACGGCCACGGCUGCAGUAUGAGAGGGACUGAAAAAAAAAAAAAAAAGCCGCACACAGACAUCCAGGUUGAAAUGAAAGGUCUUCCUGGGCAUCUUCACAGCUCCAGUAGGACGAAGUGGAGAGUCGGCGUCUCCUAUGAUUAGGCCGUGCAGAAUAAGGACAAUCUAUGCUGGCUUUGGAGCAAUGCGUAAUAAUAUUUGUAUAUUGACUCGAAUGGAAAAUAGUAGCUAAAGAUGCAUGUUUUACUGCAACAUGAGCCCUGUGCAUGCAGUAGACCCGACUGUGUAGAGAAUGUUUUAGGUUACACAGUAAAUAUGUUCCAAUAAAUUCAGCGCAUUUACACACUGCA